AUGCCAACCCAUUCCUUCCCCGUGCUCAACCAGCAGUUCAUCGUGGACACAAAAUACCAAUUCAUUCGUGAAAUCGGUCAGGGCGCUUACGGAGUCGUUUGUGCUGCAAAGAACACUCAGACCGGCGAGGAUGUCGCCAUCAAAAAGCUGACCAAGGUCUUUGAGAAGGCCAUUUUGGCAAAGCGUGCCCUGCGCGAGGUCAAGCUUUUGCGCCAUUUCUCAGGACAUGAAAACAUCACUUCGAUUAUCGAUAUGGACAUCACCAACGUCCAGGACUUUAACGAAAUCUACCUGGUUCAGGAAUUGAUGGAGGCUGACCUGCACCAGAUCAUUCGGUCGGAGCAACCAUUGACGGACGCCCAUUUCCAGUACUUUAUUUAUCAGAUCUGCCGCGGACUCAAGUACAUUCAUUCAGCAAAUGUUCUCCACCGAGACCUGAAACCCGGCAACUUGCUCGUCAACGCCGACUGUGAACUGAAGAUUUGCGAUUUUGGACUUGCUCGUGGAUUCAGCGAUGAUGCAGAGUCAAAUGUCGGGUUCAUGACCGAGUACGUCGCCACCCGCUGGUACCGUGCUCCCGAGAUCAUGUUGAGCUUCCAGAGCUACACAAAAGCCAUCGACAUGUGGUCAGUCGGAUGCAUUUUUGCUGAGAUGCUUGGUGGAAAGCCAUUGUUCAAGGGACGCGACUAUGUGGAUCAACUAAACCAGAUCCUUCAGAUCCUGGGAACGCCUGACGAGGCAACACUCAGACGAGUUGGCAGUGAAAGGGCCCAGGCCUAUAUUCGCAGCCUGCCCAGGAUGCCCACGAUCCCAUUCCAACAGUUAUACCCUCGCGCCAGCCCACUGGCGAUCGACUUGUUGCAGAAAUUGCUGAACUUUGACCCCGCGGCCCGUAUAACCGUCGAGCAAGCACUGGCCCAUCCUUACUUAGCCGCAUACCAUGAGGAGGACGACGAGCCCGUUCACGACAAGGUCUUUGAUUUUUCGUUCGAGGUCAUAGAUCGCAUCGAGGAGAUGAAGCGACUGAUUGCUCAGGAGGUCAUGUCGUUCAAGGCAAGCAAGGAACAGGCACUGGGAACACAGAACGGCGGACUCCGUCGCGCGGCCAGCUUAUCGGCCGCGGACCGAAGCGCGACCACGUCGGCGGCCAAGAACAUACCCCAUGCAAGCGAGCAGAUCCAGGAGGAACCCGCCAUGGCCGAGGAAGCACCCGUCAGCCACCUGGCCUCGUCCAUGGAGGUCGAUGAGGAUCUCGAGCGCGAAUUGAGUGGCCAGUCCAUGCAGGCAUAA